GGGCGCGGGGCGUGGGGCUGGGACUGACGAACUCUGGUCCCGCGCAGAGUUGUGCCUUUGCUGCCGCUGCGAUUUCGAUCGUGGGGAUCGGCCCCCCGGUAUCAGGGGCACAGCAAACUCCCUCCUCGUCCCGGAGCCCCCAAAACAUUGUCACUCUUGAGUACUUGUCCCCGUACAGUCCCUAUUAUAUACUGUUUCCGCAGCUGCAGCCUUCCCUAGUUCUCUUUCUCACGGAGAGGAUUUUCCUGCGCUUAAUCCCACGAGAAGGGGUUUGCCUGAAAGGCUUCCACGCAUUUCCUCUCAGACUAGGAAAAGUUAUUCUGACAACCUGGGUUUGCUUUUGUUUUGCAGGAACCUGUUCAGGAUGGGGUGGCUUCCCCAGCCACCCCUGGAACUGGGAAAUCUAAGGUGAAGAGAAUACUUGACUAGGAGACUCCCUGAAGAGUGGAAGGGUGAUGAAUUGGAAAACUGUGGCAUGGGGAGUGGCGAUAGCUUACUUAAAUGGAAUAGCCUUUUUCUAAGGGAAUCUCUUUUAACUUGCGUACCCGCCCACUCCCCCCCCGCCCCGCAUAUGGAAAGAGUUGGCUGUUUGUUUACUUCCUGCCGCUGGGUCAACACUAAGACAUCUUGCAGUUUUUCAUACAUUACACAAAGCAGUCUAAUUUAUGAGGUUUUAUAUAGUGGUGUCCCUGCGUGAUGUGAACGGCUAAGACACUGAUAGUCCACCGAGAGAUGCCUGGGAAGAAAGACCUAGCAUCUACUUUGGGAAAAUCAGCCCCUGAAAUCCCUGUGGAGCACAGUUCUGUUCUGACCCACAAGGGCUUGCGCUGCGUCAGAGUAUACUGCCAGCUGGUGGUGGGGGAAAGAGCAGUAAGGAGAGUGGGCAUCAAGGGACUCCACUCUUGUUGCUCUCUGUACCGGCAGAGGCUUUGAGCAAGUCAGUCUUUCUGGGCCUCUGUUCCUAAGCUGUGAAAAGAGAAUAUUGAAUUAGGUAAUUGCUCUGGUCCCAUACUAAUGUUAAAUAUUCAGUGACUCUAAAAGAAAUGUGAGCAUCUUAGUAGCUAAGGUUUACUGCGUGCAUACUGCGUUUCAGACACUUGCCUAACCACCGAGUCACUUCACUUAAGCUUCAUGGUAACCAAGAAAUAGCUACUAUGGUUAUCCACAUUUUACAGAUGAGAAAACUGAGCCCAUAGGAGUUAAAUAACUUUCCCAAGUAUUAAGGCCUAAUUUUUGGCUUCCCUUAGUGGUGCAAACAGUUAAUGCACCCAGCUACUAACCAAGAGGUUGGAGGUUCAAGUCCCCCCGGGCACCUCAGAAGAAAAGCCUGGCGAUCUACUUCUAAAAUAAUCAGCCACUGAAAACCCUACGGAGCACAGUUCUACUCUGACAUACUGAAACAACUCAGCAGCAAUUGGUAGUAGCAGUAAGGUCUAAUUUUUAGUUAAAACCUAAAUGAAACUUCAUUUAUCUUGUUGCUGUAGAUAUGCAUGCAUUUUCAUUCCGCCAAAGAAAUUUUCAGCCUUGAAUAGAAUGAAAUUAUUUUAUAGUUUGAAGGAACUUUUAGGUAGCCUUAGUCCCAACCGCCUACAAUUAAGGGAGUCAAAACUCAGGACAUUUCUUAGCCUAUAACAACAGUAUCUUUUUUUAAAAAGAUAAUUAAAGUUUUUUUUUUUUUUUUUAACAUUGUGUAGUAAUUGAUUAAUACAUAGUAGUUGCUUUUUUUAGUUGCUUAGUUAAGGAGCAUUGGUAGCACGGUGGUUAAGCACUCAGCUGCUAAUCAGAAGGUCAGAGGUUCAAGCCCACUGGCGGCUCCUCGGGAGAACAAUGUGACAGUCUGCUUCCAUGAAGAUUUACAGCUUUGGAAGCCCUCUGUCCUAUGGGUUGUCAUGAGUCGGAAUCAACAGCAACUGGUUUGGCUUUUGGUAUUAGUUGCUUAAUUCAUAAUUAAGUUGAAAUUGAUUUGCUAAUUUAAAAAAAUGUGGAAUAAAGUGUGUUUAGUUGGCAUAAAAAUUUAUUCAAUAGAAUAUUUUUGUUUUUAGGCAGACAUUUUGUUUCCUCUUUGUGAUACAGUAGAAACGUGAGUUAUAACAAACUGGUAACAUCACAACAUUUUUCAGCUGGAAACAUUGCCCAAAGAAGAUCUCAUCAAGUUUGCCAAGAAGCAGAUGUUGCUAAUACAGAAAGCUAAAUCCAGGUGUACAGGUAUUGGGCUGAAAGUGCUUAUCUUGACCACCAACCUCAUUUACUCACAGUUAAAAACAGUAGUUUUUUUUUAGUAGUACAUUGGCUAGUCAUGUUUUCCAGUGAUUCCAAAUGCAGCCUUAGGUGGGGCGGUAGAAGCUAGUAUUAUUUAAAAAUUCUAACCAUUUACAUUUGAUGUUUUUACUAUGUCACAACUUUAUAGUUACCUUUGAGUUAUUAAAAUAAAAUGAGGGAGGAGGAGGAUUAAAAAGUUUAUUGAAGUUUUUUUUUUUUAAUAGGAAUUAUAGAUUCUUCAGAAUAAGGUGUUUUUUUUGUUUGUUUGUUUGUUUUCUCUAGUUAGUUGAAAUAUUAGCAGCACGGAAUCAUGAGCCCAGAGAAGUAAAAAGAGGCAUCAAAUAACGAAGUUUUCCAUUCCUGAGUUUGCGAAAAUUGGAGAAAGAAAUUGAAGAACUCAAAUCAAAACCUGCUGCUGAAGGAACCGAUGAUAUUAUUCAGGCAUUGACUGAGCGUCUGGAUGCUGUUCUCCUGGAAAAGGCAGAGGCUGAGCAACAGUGUCUUGCUCUGAAGAAAGAAAAUGUUAAAAUGAAGCAAGAGGUUGAGGAUUUUGUAACUAAAGUGGAUGAUCUGCAGAAGGAGUUUGAACAAUCACAUAGAAACUACGUGAAAGAAGUUGAAAAUUUGAAAAAUGAAUUAAUAACAGUACAUUCUAAACACAGUGAAGAUAAAGAGAGCCUCCAGAAGAAACUGGAAGAAGCAAUGAAAAAACAAUUAGAGCUUUCAGAACAACUUAAAUUUCAGAGUGACUCUGAGAACAAUGUUAAAAAACUGCAAGAUGAGAUUCAGAAAAUUAGGCUGGCCUUUGAGGAACAAAUUUUGUGUCUACAAAAGCAGUUAGAAGCUACCACUAAUGAAAAGAAUAAUCUCCUCAAAGUCAUUGAGGCCAAUUCUCAGGAUCGCCAAAGAGAAGUUAAUAGUUUACAAGAAGAACUUUUGCAUUUGAAAGCUAGGCACCAAGAAGAGGUGAAGGACUUGAAGUGCCAAAUUGAAGCUUCUGCUAAAGAGCACGAAGCGCAAGUGAAUAUGUUAAAUCAGCUAAAGGAGAACUUAAUAGAACAGUAUGAGGCAAAUGAGAAGAACAUCCAGGAGAAAUAUCAGCGUGAAUUAGAAAACUUAAGGAAAGCCUCAGGCGCAAGCCAAGAAAAACAGGUGCGUCCUUUGCCUUUACGGGAGGAUGCUAUUACAGGACAAGUGGUGAAUGAAAAAGUCAAACACUUAGAAGACACCUUAAAAGAACUAGAAUCUCAACACAGCAUCUUGAAAGAUGAGGUGACUUACAUGAAUAACCUUAAACUAAAACUUGAAAUGGAUGCCCAGCAUGUAAAGGAUGAGUUUUUCCACGAGCGGGAAGACUUAGAAUUUAAAAUUAACGAACUGUUACUAGCUAAAGAAGAACAGGGUUGGGUAAUUGAAAAACUAAAAUCUGAGCUAGAAGAUUCAAAUAAACAAUUGUGCAGCGCUGUAGACGAACAUAAUAAAGAAGUACAGAAUCUAAAGAAACAACAUCAGAAAGAAAUGUCAGAACUGAAUGAGACAUUCUUGUCAGGUUUAGAAAAAGAGAAGCUAACAUUAAUGUUUGAAAUACAGGGUCUUAAGGCACAAUGUGAAAACCUGCAGCAAGAAAAGCAAGACGCAGUCUUAAAUUACGAGAGUUUGCGAGAAAUGAUGGAAAUUUUACAAACAGAACUAGGAGAGUCUGCUGGCAAAAUAAGUCAAGAGUUUGAAUCACUGAAGCAACAGCAAGCUGCUGAUGUUCAUGAAUUGCAGCAGAAGCUCAGAACUGCUUUUAAUGAAAAAGAUGCUCUUCUCGAAACUGUGAAUUGUCUCCAGAGGGAAAAGGCAAAAUUAUUAUCUCAACAAGAAUUAGUACCGGAACUUGAAAAUACCAUAAAGAGCCUUCAAGAAAAGAAUGAAGAGUAUUUAAUUAGUCUCAGUCAGAGAGAUACCAUAUUACAAGAAUUAGAAGCAAAGAUCAGUUCUCUGACUGAAGAAAAAGAUGGUUUCAUAAAUAAAAUGAAAUAUUCUUGUGAAGAGAUGGAGAAUCUCCAUAAAAAAUGUGAAAGGGGUGAAGGAUUGAUUACAGAACUUAGGGAGAAAGUGGAGCAAACUACCCAGGACAACAGUGAACUAAAACGAAAUUUAAAUGAAUUAACAGAAGAACUAGAAAAGACUUUAAAAGAAAAGGACCAAAAUGACCAAGAACUGGAAAAUCUUAGAGUUCAAGUGAAAACUCUCUGUCAAGACCAGGAAGCAUUGUCAUCUGAAGUGAAGUCACUUUAUGAGAAAAAUAAUAGACUGAGUUCAGAAAAGAGCCAACUGAAUAACAAUUUGGAAGCUCUUCUGUCUCAAAAAGAGGGGUGUGUUAGCCUUAAAGAAUGGAUUACUAAGUUAGAGAAGAAAUUUCAGUUAACAGCUAAAGAGCGAGAUAGUUUAAGUAAAUUGCUUGAAAAUGAGCAACUUCAGAAGUUAAUUGUCAAAACUCAGUUAUAUGGUUUUCUUGAACAGGUGGGAUUAAAAGUUUCAGAAGAAAAUGAAGAGCAAGAUGUUGUAAAUGCCCUACAAGCUAUAGGUGAAUCCUUAGCAAAAAUGAAUGAGGAAGAGCACAACUUAGUUUCUCAAUAUGAUGAAAGGGUAUUAGAGUUAGAAAAAGAGAUGAAGUGCGCUCAAGAAGAGCACAUAGUUCAGUAUGAGGAACUUAGGUCUUUACUAGAAGACUAUGAGCAAGAGAAAGUACUCCUAAAGAAAGAGUUAGAAGAAACCCUGUCAGAAAAAGAGGCCCUGCAGUUUGACCUUCUAGAAAUGAAGAAUGCUAAUGAAAAAACAAGGCUUGAAAACCAGGAUCUUUUAAUUCAGAUUGAAGAAGCAUCUCAAAAAUUGUUAGAUAACAAAAAUGAAAUUCAGAUUGAGAAAGAAAAAUUACUCAUAAAGGAAUAUGAAAACCUAAGACCAUUACUAGAACAAAGAGAAUCUGAAUUGCAAGAUGUAAGAGGAGAGUUGGCCUUACUAAAGGAUUCCUUAGAGAAAUCUUCAUCUGUAAAAAAUGACCAAACCUCCUCAGUAAAAGAGCUGGAAGAAAAAAUAGAAAAUCUGGAAAAAGAAUCCAAAGAAAAAGAGGAGAAAAUAAGUAAGAUAAAGCUAGUCGCUGUGAAGGCAAAGAAAGAACUUGACGCUAGCAGAAAAGAGGCCCAGACGCUGAGGGAAGAGCUUGAAUCCGUUAUAUCAGAAAAGGAUCAGUUGUCUGCUUCCAUGAGAGAGCUCAUUCAAGGAGCAGAAAGCUAUAAGAAUCUUUCAUUAGAAUACGAUAAACAGUCAGAGCAAUUGGAUGUGGAAAAAGAACGUGCCAAUAAUUUUGAGCGUCAUGUAGAAGACCUUACAAAACAAUUAAGGAAUUCAACUGCUGAGUGUGAAAAAUUAAAUUCUGAUAAUGAAGAUCUCCUGGCUCGUAUUGAGACACUACAGUCUAAUGUCAAGUUAUUGGAAGUACAGAUUUUAGAAGUCCAAAGAGCCAAAGCAAUAGUAGACAAAGAGUUGGAAUCUGAAAAACUUCAGAAAGAGCAGAAAAUGAAGGAACAUGCCAGCACUCUAAGUGAACUUGAGGAUCUUCAGCUACAACUUCAAAAGGAAAAGAAACAGCUUCAGAAAACCACGCAAGAAUUGGAGCUGGUUAGAAAGGAUGCCCAACAGACCACAUUGAUGAAUAUGGAAAUAGCUGAUUACGAACGUUUGAUGAAAGAACUAAAUCAAAAGUUAACUAAUAAAAACAGUAAGAUUGAAGAUUUGGAGCAAGAAAUAAAAAUUCAGAAACAGAAACAAGAAACCCUACAAGAAGAAAUGACUUCACUACAGUCUUCAGUGCAACAAUAUGAAGAGAAAAACACCAAAAUCAAGCAAUUGCUUGUGAAAACCAAAAAAGAACUGGCAGAUUCAAAGCAAGCAGAAACUGAUCAUUUAAUACUUCAAGCAUCCUUAAAGGGCGAGCUGGAGGCAAGCCAGCAGCAAGUUGAAGUCUAUAAAAUUCAGCUGGCUGAAAUAACAUCUGAGAAACACAAGAUUCACGAACACCUGAAGACCUCUGCCGAACAGCACCAGCGCACACUGGGUGCCUACCAGCAAAAAAUCACAGCCUUGCAAGAAGAGUGCCACACCGCUAAGGCAGAGCAAGCGGCUAUAACUUCUGAAUUUGAAAGCUACAAAGUCCGAGUUCAUAACGUUCUAAAACAACAGAAAAAUAAGUCGGUGUCUCAGGCUGAAACUGAGGGAGCUAAACAAGAAAGGGAACACCUGGAAAUGCUGGUUGACCAACUAAAAAUCAAGUUACAAGACACUCAGAAUAGUUUACAGAUGACUGUAUCUGAACUUCAGACACUACAGUCUGAACACGAUACACUGCUAGAAAGGCACAACAAGAUGCUGCAGGAGACUGUGUGCAAAGAGGCCGAACUCCGGGAAAAGUUGUGUUCCAUACAAUCAGAGAACCUGACAAUGAAGUCUGAACAUGCGCAGACUGUGAGUCAGCUAACAUCCCAGAACGAGGUCCUUCGAAACAGUUUCCGCGAUCAAGUUCGACAUUUGCAGGAAGAGCACAGAAAGACAAUGGAGACUUUACAGCAGCAGCUUUCCAAGGUGGAAGCUCAGCUCUUCCAGCUCAAGAGUGAACCUACCACAAGAAGUCCAGCCUCUUCCCACCAACCUUUGAAGAACCUUCGAGAAAGGAGAAACACAGACCUUCCCCUUCUGGACAUGCAUGCCAUAACCAGGGAGGAAGGAGAAGGGAUGGAGACAACCGAUAUUGAGUCUGUAUCUUCUACCAGCACUCACACGCUGUCUUUAGAGCAGCUUCUUAAUUCUCCUGAAACUAAACUUGAGCCUCCUUUAUGGCAUGCUGAAUUUACCAAAGAAGAGUUGGUUCAGAAACUCCAUUCCACCACAAAAAGUGCCGAUCACUUAAGUGGCCUGCUUCGGGAAACAGAAGCAACCAAUGCGAUCCUCAUGGAGCAAAUUAAGCUUCUCAAAAGUGAAAUAAGAAGAUUGGAAAGAAAUCAAGAACGAGAGAAGUCUGUCUCUAACCUGGAAUACUUGAAGAAUGUCUUGCUACAGUUCAUCUUCCUUAAACCAGGUAGUGAGAGAGAGAGACUUCUUCCUGUUAUAGAUACGAUGUUGCAGCUCAGCCCUGAAGAAAAGGGAAAACUGGCUGUAAUUGCUCAAGGUGAGGAAGAAAACGCUUCCCGUUCCUCAGGAUGGGCAUCGUAUCUGCAUAGUUGGUCUGGACUUCGCUAGACUGAUGGAAAGAAGAUGAGUCAAGUAUAUUGGCAAUGAGUAUAUUGACUCAUUUUCUGCCAACAGAAUCUGCUUGGCAGAAAAUGAGUCACGUAUAUUGCUGUCAUCCUUUUGUCAAAAAGUGUGUGUAUAUAUUUACAUCUGCAUAUAUUUGUACAUAUAUAUGACAGCUGUAUUAAAAAGUCUCAGCUUGAAGUACCGUUUGGAGCAUCGAUACCAGUCCACAAUCCUUUGAUUCAGCACCCGAGAGACCACCACUUCUGUGAUCUUCCUUCACGUUGCCAGAACUAAAACACGAAGAAUGAAUUUACUACCCCCCUUCUCUGCAACCUCAGGACCCGCCUAUUUCUUGGCAAUACUGUGAAUUUUGGAGAUAAGCUCAGUUUCAAUAGCAUAACACCUGAAAUCUAGGCUUUUAAAAUAACAUUACAAGACUAUUGCAAAAUCAGAUUGUUACCAGUUAUAAAUUGUUAGAUAAAAUUUGGUGAUUAAGAGUAUGACGGCAGAUGCUUUAUUGGUAAAUUGAUCAUUUUGUUUAAGGGACUAUAAAGUAAAUAUGCUACAGUUAAUUAUGAGGCAAAGUGAAAGUAAAAUUUUAUUUAGUUGUUAGCUUUAAAAUGUACUUUAGAAAAUAUGAACUGUUCUCUUUUUCUCUAAAGUCAGGGACUCGUCAGGAGCCCUAGUAUUGGCUGGUCUAAUACUGAUCGGAUGGGACUGCUGCAUUUCCUUGGGGGUGAUUUCAUGGUGUCUUUCUCAGCUCUUGAUCUGGUUACACUACUGCCAAGCCAUGAGUCUGUUUUGGGAAUUUCUUUCAUCCCCCAAAUGAAAAUCUAUCAGGACAGUGACUGUAAUUCAGCAUUGUAUCUACAUGUGAAACUGGCGCUUCCUGUGUUUAACAGAUAGUGUUGUUCCGUAAGCUUUCCAUCAUCGGAUUUCAGAAAGGCACCUUAAGCCAGUGCUGCGUUCUCAGUUUUUGUGAAUCACCAUAAAUAGUGGUAUUACUUGCCUUUGACGCCUCUGAGUAUAUUUUAGUGACUAGACCAAAAUUGUGCUCUUAAAUCAUAAAUUUGAGAAUUCUAUUUUAAUAUUUAUUUCAUACUAAAGCACCACACAGUAUGCUAUAUGAAGUUCCCUGAAAGCCUUCCGAUUUAUAUUUUAAUUUUUCAUUCUCUGCUGGAGAACUAACUUUGCACUUUGGUUACUCAGAACAUUGGCUUCCAGUUUAGUUUUAACUAAAGUUUGCUGCUGACAUGUUGAGUUUGUUCUUUAAAAAACAGCUCCAGCAAAAUGUCGUUCCUCCCAUUUUAGAACAAACCCAACAAGUGAAUGUUUUACUGAAAAUGUAUCUAUUUCAAAGCUGACAUUAAAGUUUAGUUUUUCUUACUUUAUAAACUGUGAAUAUGAGUAUGCCAGCAGCAUACAACGUAACUUUAGUAGUAUUUAAAUAAAUUUCACUUUCUGAGUCUAGACUUUCUGAAGUCUAUAUAAACUUGUUUUGAAAUAUAGUCUCUACUUAAAAUGUAAUAAAAAUACCUUUUGCAUGAUAAAAAAUUAAUUACAAAAAGCAUAUUCUUUCAUGGUUUCAGCAAUGAGAGGAAAUGUACUGAUUAUUUUAAUAUUACUAUUAAAUAUGUUUCACUGUAAACUAUGUUUUUAUGACUUUUUUUGUUAGAUACUGUCUCUGGAGUUUUUAAUCAUUUGUGGAUUGGAAUUGCAAAUUCCUUUAUUACUGUCCUUAUACAUUUGGGAUCUAGAAUAUUAGAUGCUUGAGACAACAUAGAUGGCCACUUUGGUAGGUCAUAUGUAAACCAUGACACCUACCAUUUCUGACAUCCUCCUUCCCGAUGAAACCAGAGCAAUGCUAGACCUUUCUUUGGACCAAGAUAGACAUAGAUUCAACCAGAGAUAGGUGCCUGGCUAAGAUGACCAGCUUCAUGGUGCCAUUAGGUAAAGGACUCUCUUCAGUUAGAGGCAAAGGUUAUUACCUUUUUUAGGGAAGUUAGACUGGAAAAUGGGGAGAGGCAAAGCACUGGGAGAAGCAGAGAUGCCAUGAGAAAGAGAAACCAAGCACACUGAGAACGGAAUGGAAAGAGCAACAAGCCUAGAGUGUGUUUUGGUCCAAAACAGCUCUCCAACCCUGGGUCCAUGACCUUGGGGUGCUUACAUAAACUCCCUGGAGCCUUAAGAGCUGAAUUCAUACAGACCCUGAUGUUGGGGCACUGAUGUCUGAUCUCAAGUUCUUGGCUUCCUCUGAUUUCAAGCAUCUUUGUACACAGUGAGCUUUGCUUGUGCUCCAAGUACUGUAAGAUUUAUUGAGAAUUACAUUCUUUUAAACAAAUUGGUAGAAUUGUAACAACCAGCAAGGCUAAGGCUUGCUAGAGACAUACAGUACUUUGCGUUCAUUUUAACCUUCAUUUUAGCCAAUGAUGUAGCUGGAGAUACAUUGAAUGUGAAGGUUCAUAUAAAGACACAUUUUAGUAUCUGGUGAAUGGCUAGACGCACAAAAAGUGGUUGGGUCAUAUGAUUAAAUUAUAAUGUAGUGGUUUCAUCUUGGUUCGUUUUGACUUGGUAUCAGAAAAUCAGGUGUUGCAUCAAAAUUAAUACACACCGAGAAAACAGAACCUAAUAAAACUUGGCAGGCAUCUGUGAGCUAAUUCUUAUCCACGGCUAUUAAUGAACAUUUGGUUAUUUAUAUAGAAGUUAUAUUUAAAAGGAAAAUACUUUUCAUGUGCAUUCAAAAGUUGAUUACAUGAAAAAAGUCAAACUGACCUUCAAAUUUAACAUAGGUUUGUGUAAGUAGAAACAAUGUAUUCUAAGAAGGGAACAGGAUUUCAAUUUGAAUAACUGCUUUCUGUAAAUGGAGGUGACCACCGUGUUUCCCUUUGAGAAUGGGCUCACUGUCAACUCACUAGUGGUUAGCUCUUCAGAGGUCUGCCCGGCAUUUAAGAUGACAGCAAUGUCCUCCACCCCUGCCCUUCUCUGGGAACUUACACUCCUACACUCCGCCACCAUACAAAGGGGCAGGUAAGCCAAGGCCAUGAUCAACUGAACCAGACAUGGACACCUGACCCAUGCUGAGUCAAUUAGGUUCUCAGGAAUUUAGAUUUGGAACUAGAGUCAAAUCAUACUGUGACUGUGAUAUAUAAACACAGGAGCUCUGGAAUGGCCAGAAUGGCAUAGGAAGCCAGUCAACGAACACAAAGAAGGUUGGGCUGACAUACAUAGAUAAAAAAACGGGAUGAGCAUCCAGGUGGCCUUCAGUUGUUUCUAAUCCCUGAGAUUCAGGCACACUGGAUUCUAUUCAGUAUGCCUGCGUGCUCAGUAAAUUUCCUACCCUGUGCCUGCCACCCUCUCUCCUUCCUUAGUUUAGCUUGAGUUUGUUACUUCAGUUCAAAGAAUCCUACCAGCCUCACUAGUAUUGGGAAGAAUGAAAGUAUGGGGUGUUACGUACCACCGUACACUGUGAGAGUGUGAACUCCGCGUUCAGACAGAUCUAGACAUGUUUCUACAUAUUUCAGUUUCUGGACUCGCUGUUUGUGCAUUAGUACAGAGUAGACACUCUAAUUUUAAUUCCCUUUUUUCCCAGGUGGUUUUUGGAGCCUGCAAAAGAUGGUUUACCAGUUUUCCUGCCACAUUUUUGUGCGUCCUUAACUCAGUGUAUGGUAUAUGCAAAUGUACUUAAUGAGUAAGUGAUUUAAAUCAUCAGGAAAUGAGCUCAGUGUUUCCCAGCCUUACGCCAGAGAGCAUAAACUUUAUACCUGCUCAGAGCUUGGACUAGAGUCUAGGAUUCCUGACGUGACUAAUGCAGAAAUUGUUCCGCAGCUCUCAUUGAAAUGUUUUUGUAAACAUCUUUAGGCCCAAAAACUUAACCAAGAUAAAUUUAUAUGACCAAAAUACAUUUUUUUCUGAAGAAACUUUUAAGGGAUCAAGACCCUGUUUUGCCUGGUACAGCAGUGGUUUUACACCAGCUUUUCUCCCGUAUAAUUAAUGACACCUGCUUUUACUCUCAAGCAUUCCAGCUUGGAAGAUAAACACUAACACCACCCUACAAAGAUGGUAGAAAAAUAUGAAGUGACAAAUAAGAUCAUCUUGAGUGUAUUCCCUCUACCCUAUUCCCCAACCUUCAUCUUUUUAAGAACAACCUAUCAGGAAAUAAAAUUAUACCAGUCAUUGGAUUAAGCUACAGAUUUCUCUGUUGGCAAAGACGAGAUGGUGUGAUUUUUUUUUCUUUUGUUUACCUUUCAUUGUGAGAUAUAGAUACAAAAUAGUGAAUGUAACAUUUAUACAUUAUAAAGAAUAAUAAAAGGCACUCCCAUGGACCCACCACCCAGCUUAGAAAAUUAAGUAAUACCAAUACCUUUGAAGCUCCCUGCGUGCCUGUUCCAGAUUAUAUCCCCCUUUACCCUCUCAUGAAAACCCUGGUGGUACAGUGGUUAAGAGCUUGGCUGCUAACCAAAAGGCUGGUAGUUCAAAUCCCCCAGCCACUCCUUGGAAAACCUACGGGGCAGUUCUACUCUGUCCUGUAGGGUCACUAUGAGAAAGAAUCGACAGCAACGGGUUUUACCCUCUCAUGUGGCCACUAUCCUGAAUUUAGUACUUAAUCAUUCCUACGCCUUUGUAUCUAUUAAACUUUGAUUUUGAGGCUUAUGAAAUUUGAAUUAUACUCCUGAGUCAUUUUCUGACUUGCUUUCUUACUCAAUAUUUUGUUAUUUACGGUGAUGCAUAUAGCUGUAAUUUAUUUUUAUUCCUAGGUAGAAUCCCAUUUUAUGAAUACAGCAGUUUAUCCAACCUAUCAAUAGCUAUUUGGGUGGUUUCCCCCUUUUUGUUCUUACAAAUGAUGUCACUGUGAACAUCGUUCUACAUGAUUUACAAUGCAUGUGUAUGAGUUUAGUGUAUGUGGGAGCAGAAAGGCCGGAUAAUGGCAUAUAUACACGCUGAACUCUACCGGAUAAUCCCACAUGGUUUCGCACAGUGGCUGGUUGUAUCAGUGUUGUUUUCUGAUCAGCAUUUGAGAGUUGCUGUUGCUCCACAUUUCUUAUCAACAAUAUUAUCAGACUUUUUAAAUUUCUCUGUGGCUUUCAAUUAUAAUCAUUCCUAAUGUUAACAAGGCUGAGCACCUCUUAAAUGUUUAUUAGCCAUUUGUUUCCUAUUCUGCGAAAUGCCUGUUCAUGUAUUCUAUUGCCUACCUUUAUAUUGGUUGUCUAUCUUUUUUAAUGAAUUAAUUAGAACAAAUUUAUGUUCUAUGACAUAGUGAUCUGUUGUCAGGUGUACGUGACGCAAAGAUUUUUGCCCAUUUAUAACUUGCCUUUUCACUCUCUUUUUAAGUUUUGUGAUGAGCAGAAGUUCUUAAUUAGCAUUCAUGUUUCAAACAAUAUUUUUAUUGUUGACUACGACUACUGUGAAAGGCAUUAAGUAAUAAUUAUUGCCUCUUAAUUAGUAACAUUAUUUAAAUUCACUAGUUCUGGGUCAGUCCGGAAUUAAAGUAAUUGAAUCAGUGAAUUUGAAACUAACUUUAUUUAAUAUGGUUAAAAUAAUCCAUGUUAACAGGGUUUGACAUAGUGGAUUGAAUUCACUUCCUCCGGAUGAGCCCACUAAAAUGAAGAUUAAAAAGACAUAAACCCACAAGGAAAAAGAAAGAAAAAAGAAUAAGAGAAGACAGCUUCAGAAUAAAAGUAUCCAUCGUUUUUGGAUGGAGGGAUGGAAGCAGGAAUAGCAAAGAGAAAACACUUUGAUGUAUAAACUCAAUUAAAAAAAAAAAAAAACCCAGUGCC